UAUGGCGGAAGCCUUGACGUACGAUAUUCUCCCUUAUCCAGCGUCUAUCCUUUUACGUCAAAGUGAAGCGCUGGAGUAAAUUGGACUGUGUUUAGCGACGCGUACGGUUCCUGCCAUGGAGUCACAGGUGAUAACCAACUCGGAGGAAAUUGCCAAACUCUACAGAGAGCUCAGCCUCUUUCCCUCUUUAAGCAGAGCAGACGUGGGACCUGUCAUCACCUCUCAGUAUGGAGGCAAAUACAGCAACAUAUACACAGAGUGGAGCCAGCGUGAUCUGGAGAGAAAUGAGAAUGUCAAAUUCUGCAGACAAUACAUAGUCUUCCAUGAUGAUAAGUCGGUGGUCUACUCUGGUACUUCUGGAAACUGUACUGAAGUCAAAGGAGAACUUCUGAGUAAGGACUCUCCCUCUGGUGAAAUGAAGGCAGUUGUCAGAGAAUGCACGGUCAAAGGAGAGGAGAAGCAGUUUCUGGAGAUCUGGAGUAAAAACAUCAAGGUGAAGAGCAUCAACCUAACAGCUUUAAAGAAACAUGGCAAAGUCUAUGAGGAUGAGCAGUUUGGCAGCUUGGUUUGGUCGCACUCUGAAACACACCUCUUGUAUGUUGCUGAAAAAAAGAGACCUGAGACUAAAUCCUUCUUCCAGACAGAGUUGCCAGAGUUGUCUUCCAUUGAAGAUGAGGAGGAGACCAUGAGGGUGGAGAAAAAAGACACGAUUAAAGGGGAGCAGUUUGUCUACUAUGAGGACUGGGGAGAAGCCUUAGUUGGCAAGAGCUGUCCAGUGCUGUGUGUUUUGGACAUAGAGGGGGACAAUGUGUCUGUGUUGGAAGGAGUACCUGACAGCAUCUCACCUGGACAGGCAUUUUGGGCCCCAGGUGACACAGGUGUGGUGUUUAUAGGCUGGUGGCACGAGCCUUUCAGACUAGGCCUGAAGUACUGUCCCAAUCGGAGGUCAUCUUUGUUUUAUGUCGAUUUGACGGGUGGGAAAUGUGAGCAGCUGUCGUCGGACACCAGUGCAGUGUAUUCCCCAAGGCUGAGCCCAGAUCAGUGCCGAAUUAUUUAUCUAGAAUGUUCUGUAUAUGGGCCACACAUGCAGUGCUGCAAGCUUUGUAUGUACGACUGGUACACUAAGAAGACCUCAGUGGUUGUGGAUAUCGUUGGACGACCAAGAGAAGAUGGCUUCACUGGCAUCUACAGCAGUCAGUUGUCUCUGACGUGUUGGUCAGCUGACAGUCAGCGGGUUGUUGUUGCUUGUCCUCAGCGCAGCCGAAAGGAUCUCUUGGUAGUGGACACAAGCACAGGAAGCAUCACCUCUCUGACUGCAAAGUCUGAAAUCGGUAACUGGUGUCUUCUGAACAUCGAGCGUGAUCUGAUGGUGGUCAGCUGCUCCUCUCCUAACUGCCCUCCAAAUCUGAGGGUGGGCUUCCUUCCAGGAAAGGACUCCCAAGAGGAAGUGGUCUGGGUUACUCUGGAAGAGUCUCAGACUUUACCAGAUAUUGACUGGCAGAUCAAGACUCUCACUCCUUCAGAAGGACUUGACAACCAUCAAUACCCGGGCAUUGACUAUGAAGCUGUGCUGAUGAAACCAAAAGAAGUGAAGGAAGGAGUGAAACUACCUCUGAUUGUUCUCCCUCAUGGAGGUCCUCACUCUGUGGUUGUAGCUGAGUGGCUUCUGUCUACCUCUGUGCUCUGCAGGAUGGGUUUUGGUGUAUUACUGGUCAACUAUCGUGGCUCUCUUGGUUUUGGCCAGGACAGCAUCCUCUCACUGCUGGGCAAUGUGGGUUCCCAGGAUGUCAAGGAUGUUCAGUCUGCUGUUGAAAGUGUCCUAGACGCCAGGUUUGACAGGGAGAAAGUGGCCAUUUCUGGAGGCUCCCAUGGGGGGUUUCUAGCCUGCCAUCUAAUUGGCCAGUACCCAGGGUUCUACAAGGCCUGCGUGGCUCGCAAUCCUGUCGUCAAUUUGGCCUCCAUGAUUGGCAGCACGGAUAUCCCGGAUUGGUGUGUUGUUGAGGCAGGUUACGAUUACAGUCCAGAUUGUCUCCCUGAUCCUGCUGUUUGGGAGCAGAUGUUGAACAAAUCCCCGAUCAAAUACGUCCCUCAGGUUCGGACCCCAGUGCUGUUGACUUUAGGGGAAGAUGACAAGCGUGUGCCUAACAAGCAAGGAAUUGAAUACUACAAAGCUCUGAAAGCAAAGCAGAUCCCUGUUCGGUUACUGUGGUACCCUGGAAACAACCACUCUCUUUCCAAGGUGGAUGCAGAAUCGGAUGGUUUCAUGAACAUCACUUUGUGGAUAAUUCAACACUUAGGUCUGUGAUGGUAACAUAAUGAAGAUAGCUGUAAUGUGCAAAAACACUAAAGGACAUUAAUUUGUGUAUGCAAACUUAUUUUUAUGUUGUAAGGCCCAAUCCAAAGCCAAAAUAUUGACAAUUGAUCUUCAGCUAGAAUACACUUUAACUGUGCGUAACCCAUAAUGUACCUGUGGGUAUUGUUGUUAAUUUUGAGUAUUGCAUAAGAGAAUGACAAACAAUUAAAAAAAUAAUAAUACCACA